GAGUUUGUAUGCGCGCGCUCGUGUAGGCUCCGCACGCGGACACUUGAGUCCUCAUCAUGAGCUGUUGGGCUCACGAGGAGGGUAUCUCUGAGACUGUGGCAUGCCUGCAGCGUGGACAGUUUAGUGCAGUUUAAUGCGUGACCGCGGUUCGUUACGUGCACCGUUUUCUCCCUGUUUUGAUUUCGCCGUUGCAAACAUUAGUGCCGCAAGUGGUGAUGGGCACGCAGGAGUGGGCUGCUGCCCACCAAGUCUGACUGUGUUUCGGAGGUACUGAGGAGAAGAACAUGUAAGAAUCCGCAGGCAUCCCCGCAGAUCCUCUCUGGAUCCACAGCCAAAAUGCAGAAAGGGAUGAGGCUCAAUGAUGGCCACAUCACCUAUCUGGCUCUUUUGGCGAAGAAGGACGGGACGAGGCGAGGUUGCCUGAGUAAGAAAAGCUCGGACAACACAAAAUGGCAUGCAAAGUGGUUCGCCUUGUUGCAGAAUAUGUUGUUUUAUUUCGAAAACGACUCCAGCUCACGCCCCUCCGGACUGUACCUGUUGGAGGGAUGCCUUUGUGACAGGGCGCCGUCUCCCAAGCCGUCUCUCUCAGCAAAGGAAUGCUUAGAGAAGCAGUAUUACUUCACUGUCACAUUCAAUCAUGACAACCAGAAAGCUUUGGAGCUGCGCACAGAGGACGUCAAGGACUGUGAUGAGUGGGUGGCCGCCAUCACACAGGCCAGUUACAGGAACCUGGCUACAGAGCAUGAGAGCCUCAUGCAGAAGUAUCUUCAUCUACUCCAAAUAGUGGAGACGGAGAAAACGGUUGCCAAGCAACUUCGACAACAGAUAGAGGAUGGGGAAAUCGAGAUAGAGCGACUAAAAUCAGAGAUCGCUGGACUCCUGAAGGACAAUGAGAAGAUCCAGUCAAAUCCAGAGGUGCCACCCAGUGAAGAUGAUACAGAGAUCAAGAAAAUCAAAAAGGUCCAGAGUUUCCUGCGAGGUUGGAUUUGCCGCAGGAAGUGGAAAACCAUCAUCCAGGACUACAUUCGCUCACCCCACGCUGAAAGCAUGAGGAAGAGGAACCAGGUGGUGUUCAGCAUGUUGGAGGCCGAGGCCGAAUACGUCCAGCAGCUCCACAUCCUGGUCAACAACUUCUUGCGGCCGCUGCGCAUGGCUGCCAGCUCCAAGAAGCCCCCGAUCACCCACGACGAUGUCAGCAGCAUCUUCCUCAACAGUGAGACCAUCAUGUUCCUCCACCAGAUCUUCUACCAGGGCCUGAAGGCCAGGAUAGCCAGCUGGCCGACACUGGUGCUGGCUGACCUGUUUGACAUCUUACUGCCCAUGCUGAACAUCUACCAAGAGUUUGUGAGGAACCACCAGUACAGCCUGCAGAUCCUGGCCCACUGCAAACAGAACCGAGACUUCGACAAGCUGCUGAAACAGUACGAGGCCAAGCCCGACUGUGAGGAGAGGACGCUGGAGACCUUCCUCACUUACCCCAUGUUUCAGAUCCCUCGUUACAUUCUAACGUUGCACGAGUUGCUGGCUCACACUCCUCAUGAGCAUGUGGAGAGGAACAGUUUGGACUACGCCAAGUCAAAACUGGAGGAACUUUCCAGAAUCAUGCACGACGAGGUGAGCGAGACGGAGAACAUCAGGAAGAACCUCGCCAUUGAGCGGAUGAUUGUUGAGGGUUGUGAGGUGCUGCUUGACACCAGCCAGACGUUUGUUAGGCAAGGUUCUCUGAUCCAGGUGCCAAUGAGCGAGAAAGGGAAGAUCACGAGAGGCCGACUGGGCUCUCUGUCUCUGAAGAAGGAGGGCGAGAGACAGUGUUUCCUCUUCUCCAAACACCUUAUCAUCUGCACCAGAGGCUCUGGAGGAAAACUUCACAUCACUAAGAAUGGAGUGGUGUCCCUCAUAGACUGCACUCUGAUGGAGGAGCCAGAGGGGACAGAUGAUGAGUCCAAAGGAGAGCGGAGUGGCCAGGACACAGAGCAUCUGGACUUUAAAGUGAUGGUUGAGCCUAAAGACGUCCAGCCUUACACCGUCAUCCUGGUUGCUUCAUCCCGACAGGAGAAGUCAGCGUGGACAAGCGACAUCAGCCAGUGCAUUGACAACAUCCGCUGCAACGGUCUGAUGAUGAACGCCUUUGAGGAGAAUAGUAAAGUCACAGUGCCACAGAUGAUUAAGUCAGAUACCAGCCUGUACUGCGACGAUGUUGACAUUCGCUUCAGCAAGAUGAUGAACUCCUGCAAGGUGCUGCAGAUCCGCUAUGCCAGCGUGGAACGUUUGUUGGAGAGGCUGACCGACCUGCGCUUCCUCUCCAUCGACUUUCUGAACACCUUCCUGCACUCUUACCGUGUCUUCACAAGCGCUGACGUAGUGCUGGACAAACUCAUCACCAUCUACAAGAAGCCCAUCAGUGCAAUCCCUGCACGCUCUUUGGAGCUAUUCUUUGCCAGCAGCCAGAACAACAAACUCCUCUACGGCGAGCCACCCACAUCGCCACGUGCCAGCCGCAAGUUCUCCUCCCCUCCUCCUCUCUCCAUCACCAAGACGUCUUCUCCCAACCGGCGUCGCAAACUUUCGCUCAACAUCCCCAUCAUCACAGGGGGCAAAGCCCUGGACCUGGCCGCGCUCAGCUGUUCUCCCAAUGGCUAUGCAAGCAUGCACUCCACCAUGUCGCCCUUCAGCAAGACCACCCUCGACAUCAACAAGCUCUACGUGUCCAGCACCAUGGCCAGCAAAAUCACAGACGAGGGGGAGCCCAAGGCCGAAGGCAAGGCCGAAGAGGCUGUCCCCAACAAGCAAGAUCUGUCUGUAAGAGAGGAAUGUGACGAAGAGCCAAGUCAGAGCGACGAGACGGAAGCAGAAAUGUCUCCUCCCAAGUCGCCAUCAACACCCAAGAACGUCAAGUCAAAAAACUCCGAGUUUUCCCUGUUUUCCUUCAACAAUGGCAUGGUGGUGUCAUCUUGCCGGGAGCUGGACAAUAACCGCAGUGCCCUCUCUGCCGCCUCGGCCUUCGCCAUUGCCACCGCCGGUGCGAAUGAAGGAACGCCAACCAAGGAGAAGUACCGCCGCAUGUCCCUCGCCAGCACAGGUUUUCCUACAGACCAGAGGAAUGGGGACAAAGAGUUCGUUAUCAGAAGAGCUGCCACGAACAGAGUCCUGAAUGUGCUGCGUCACUGGGUCUCCAAGCACUCGCAGGACUUUGAGCUGAAUACAGAGCUGAAGAUGCGGGUAAUUGGCUUCCUGGAGGAGGUGAUGCAUGACCCAGAGCUCCUGACACAGGAAAGAAAGGCAGCUGCCAACAUUAUCAGAACUCUAACUCAGGAGGAUCCCGGAGACAACCAGGUCACUAUUGAAGAGAUCAUGCAGAUGGCCUCAGAAGACUGCAAGACCGAACCGUUUGAGAGCCAUUCUGCUUUGGAGAUAGCCGAGCAACUCACACUGCUGGACCACCUGGUCUUCAAGGUCAUCCCGUACGAGGAGUUCUUCGGUCAAGGCUGGAUGAAGAACGACAAGAACGAGAGAACCCCGUAUAUAAUGAAAACAACCAAGCACUUCAACGAUAUCAGCAACAGGAUUGCCACAGAGAUCCUACAGUGGGACGAUGUCAACAUGCGCGUGGCCGUGAUUGAGAAGUGGGUGGCGGUGGCUGACAUCUGCCGCUGCCUCCACAACUACAACGCUGUGCUGGAAAUCACGUCCUCUCUCAACCGCAGCUCGGUUUUCCGCCUCAAGAAGACCUGGCUCAAGGUCUCCAAGCAGACAAAGACUGUGAUUGACAAGCUACAGAAGCUGGUGUCAUCAGAGGGACGGUUCAAAAACCUGAGAGAGGCUCUGAAGAACUGUGACCCUCCGUGUGUUCCCUAUCUGGGAAUGUACCUGACUGACCUGGCCUUCAUCGAGGAGGGAACUCCCAACUACACAGAGGACAACCUGGUCAACUUCUCCAAGAUGAGAAUGAUAUCUCACAUCAUCAGAGAGAUACGGCAAUUCCAGCAAACAGCUUACAAGAUUGAUUAUCAACCAAAGGCGGGAAGGUACUUGCUCGACAGCAGCACAGUGCUGGACGAGGAGAGCCUAUACGAUGCGUCUCUGAGAAUCGAGCCCAAAACGUCGUCAUGAAGAGGAUCUCCCUCACUGUCCUCACCUGGAGUGUACAGCAACAGUAUAUCAAAAUGUACAUUUACUAUUAUUUGUAUUAGACACAGUAGGCUGUGCCCUUCUAGUAUAUGCUCCCCAAUGGACUUGUUGUGUAUAAUCGUUAUUAGAGACUGAGUAGAAGCCCAGAGAGGUUUUAUUUCUAUAGUUAUAGAGUAUUAUAGAGUAUUUAUAUGUUAUUUAUCGUCUUACACGUUAUUUUGAACCACAGAAUAAACAGACAAGAGAGUAUAAAGACUUGAUAACCCAGCAGGAAUGUGCAGUAUAACAAAAGGCUCUCGUUCAUGAGAGAGAUGUCAAAGUGAAGAGCGGACGACACGUAGCUGCAGUGACCUUUAAACAGCUUCUAAUAUUCAUAAAUCCACCGAGUUAAAAAGACUUAAAGAUCCACUAAAGGUUUUAAUUGUUAAGAUUUCCGUCAUGAUUCAUAGUUGAAUUCAGCCUCCAUACUCUCUGCAAUACUAACACCACUAACAAUAACUAUAUUAACGUAUAUACUGCAACGGUAUGUAUAUUGACUAUUAACUGCACCAACUUCUUAAGGAUUAAAACUUUUAAAAGUCAGACUUUCCUUUCCGAGGAGCAGAGGAGGUGAAAAUUGGGACUGCUGCAGCGACUUAUGUCGAAUCCUGUGCUCUGAUGUUUCAUGUAGCCACUGAAUGACCGAGAGACUUUGGCACAGGUUUUCUGACUGAGCUGGGACACAGUUUGUUUGCUUGGAGAGAUGGCCUUUUAUGCUUUGCUUACUAUCACCUUAUUCCCCUGGAGGGCAACAUGAUGUAUAUACAGCAUAAGCACCGGGCAAUGUAUGUAGCAGAUGUAACCAAUAUCGAGCCACUUCAGGACGUUAAAUUCCCAGCUUCUGCACUCAGACAGUGAGAGCAUAGUUUUUAUGGUUAAUCCUCUUUGGCCAGUGCAUUAUGGUUUUGCCUUAAUCAUGAAAUGGAUUAUAUACCACAAAAGUAUGUAAACUAUUUUGUUCUACGAUUUGCCAAUGAAGCAGAAAUCUUUGCUGUGUACAAUAUCGUGUACAGGCAGUCUGAUGCAUUUCCUAAUGUGCAAUGUGUUGAAAACAUAUCCCUCGAAAUGUGUUAUCCUUAUGAUCGUUCAACUCUGUAAUAACUUUUUCUGUGUAUGAUACUUCAAAACAAACGUUGAAAACAACUUAUAAGUGUAACACAUUCUGUAUCCUGUCUAUUCCGAUGUGUUAGCAGGAACUAUACAGUAGUAAUAUUGUGCUUCUUCUUCUUCUUCUUCUUCUUCUUGGAAUAUUUAUAUGUAUUUUUUACAGGCUUUGUAUAGAAAAACACCUAAAGCUUAAGUGGCAGGCAUGUACCACUUUCACGUGUUCAAAUCCAAUCUAUAUCUAGGGCAGUAUGUGUACUGUAUUUAAACCCCACCCUUGCACAUGACUCUUUACCCUCUAACAGGCACAUCAGAUGUUUGCAGUGAGCAAUACCCAGUGGUAUGAGAAUUAUCUUUCAGUCUAUUUCAACAGCUUGAGUAGUAUUUCCAGUUUUGUAUAAAAGUGUAUUCUUUCCUGAUUACCUCUUGUUAAUAAAUCUAUUCUUUCUCAGGGGGAGAAGUGUU